CAAAGCGGCCGGACGCGCGGCGGCGGCAGGUGCGCAAGGGACCAAGCUGGGCAGCAGCCUUCCCAGCCACCGCGGUACAAGAACCCCAGCAACUCGGGCGCCGGGACUCGGGCGGGCUCCCAAGAUGCCAGCGAUCCUGGUGCUCGCGGCGGCCGCCGCGGCGUGGUGCUUCCUCCAAGUGGACAGCCGGCACCUGGACGCACUGGCCGGUGGCGCGGCCCUCAACAACGCCAAUUUCCUAGACAAUGACCAGUGGCUGAGCACUGUCUCCCAGUAUGACCGUGACAAGUACUGGAACCGCUUCCGAGAUGAAGUUGAGGAUGACUAUUUCAGAAACUGGAAUCCCAACAAGCCCUUCGACCAAGCCCUGGACCCAUCCAAGGACCCCUGCCUGAAGGUGAAAUGCAGCCCGCACAAAGUAUGUGUGACCCAGGACUACCAGACGGCCCUGUGUGUCAGCCGCAAGCACCUGUUGCCCAGGCAGAAGAAGGGCAAUGUGGCUCACAAACACUGGCUUGGACCUUCCAAUCUGGUUAAGUGCAAGCCUUGCCCCGUGGCGCAGUCAGCGAUGGUCUGCGGCUCUGACGGCCACACGUACACGUCCAAGUGCAAGUUGGAAUUCCACGCUUGUUCUACAGGCAAAAGCCUCAGCUCCCUCUGUGAUGGGCCCUGUCCGUGUCUGCCUGAGCCUGAGCCUGAGCCACUGAAGCCCAAAGCAGAGAAGAGUGCCUGCACAGACAAGGAGCUGCGGAACCUCGCCUCCCGGCUGAAGGACUGGUUCGGGGCUCUCCAUGAGGACGCCAACAGAGUCAUCAAGCCUACCAGCUCUGAUCCAGCCCAAGGCAGGUUUGACACCAGCAUCUUACCCAUUUGCAAGGACUCCUUGGGUUGGAUGUUCAACAAGUUGGACAUGAACUAUGACCUGUUGCUGGACCACUCAGAGAUCAAUGCCAUCUACCUAGACAAAUAUGAGCCCUGUAUCAAGCCUCUCUUCAACUCGUGUGACUCCUUCAAGGAUGGCAAACUUUCCAAUAACGAGUGGUGUUACUGCUUUCAGAAGCCAGGAGGUCUCCCUUGCCAGAAUGAAAUGAACAGAAUUCAGAAGCUAAGCAAGGGGAAAAGCCUACUGGGGGCCUUCAUCCCUCGGUGUAAUGAGGAGGGCUACUACAAAGCCACACAGUGCCACGGCAGCACGGGGCAGUGCUGGUGUGUGGAUAAAUAUGGGAACGAGCUGGCCGGCUCCAGGAAACAGGGCACUGUAAGCUGCGAAGAGGAGCAGGAAACCUCCGGGGACUUCGGCAGCGGAGGCUCCGUGGUCCUGCUGGAUGACCUAGAGGACGAGCGGGAGCUAGGACCAAAGGACAAAGAGGGGAAGCUGAGGGUGCGCACCCGGGCCGUGCGGGAAGAUGAUGAGGAUGAAGAUGAUGACAAAGAAGAUGAGGUCGGGUACAUAUGGUAGUGCCCACGAGGAAGAGGACACGCUUUUGGCACAGAUCUGCAAGUUGUUUCCUUUGCCUGCAUUUGUAUCUAAGACUCCGAGGCAGCGGGGUCUCUUCUCCACUGUUGAUCUCUGAACCGGGGCCUGAGGUUUAGAAGACCCUCUUCCCAGAGCGACUGAAUUUGCAUAUGGUUGUGUGGGAGAAAGGAUGUUAUUUUUGUUCCUUGUUUUCGUUUUCAUUGGGUGAGAGGACAGGCUGGCUUAAUUAAAGCCUCCUUCUCUCCCUGUGAGGUUUUCGCAACUAGCAUGUGAUUUGUGUGGAAUCCAACAGUGCGGGGAGCCCCACCCUCUCAAGCGUCAAAGACCCUCUCUGAUUACCCACGUCGGUGGUUCUUACAGCAUGGUUCCCAGCGUCUUAUGAUGUCUGCGUGCUUUUCUCGUGUCCUGUAGAUGUUGUGGAAAACAUACCAGGCUGUCCCUUUUCCCUGUCUCUACCACCUCUGGUGUUGAUUAUUAAAAAUUAAUUUUCAUGUCACUGUAUCUGACUUCCUACAAACGACAGCCUUAAUUCAGUCCAAGUCCCUUUGGAGAAUUCAUUUUCUUUCUUAAAAAAAUAAGAUCUCGACCCUCCCACCCCCACGUGCCCAAAGGUGACUGUGCUUGCAUGACUUGCAUACACACACCUUUUAGUCUAGUGUCUGGUUGUAUACCAAAAACACCUUAGAUAAACAAUGGCUGCUCCAGACCCAGAACACAAACUGGGAUAUGAAAUUCCUCUUAGAGUCCGGUUUGCACUAGCUUUUUGUGUGUGUGUAGCCUGCAUCCCGGGGAGGCUCUUCUAUGUGGUCUCAGAGUGACUGGAAGCCUUUUUGAUUGGGAUGAGCCUCCAUUUGCCUAAAUUGUUUUUACCCACAGAAGCCAUGCAAUUCCCACGUGGGCAGCUUCACAAGCCAUUUCUUCACUUUCACUCAAAGCUCCCCUCAGGAUACAGUGUAUCCACCUGCGGCAGCUUCCUUCCCUAUCCACCCAAGGGCUUUUUCCUACCGUGCUCCCCACUGAGCCCCUGCUCCCCAAGAAGACAGCAUCCAUAUAAUGCUUAGAAGAAAAUUUAGGGUUCUUCAGUGUCUCCCUUGGCCCCCUUUCUAUCCACAAAUCAUGACCCAGGGUAUAGAGACUAAAGGUUUCUUGUGUUCCCCCAUUAUUUACUAGGGACCCCCAAUGGAAGCCCAGAAAGAGAUUCCUAGUAGCACAAGAGGCUAGUCUGCUCAUCAGCAGCCAUCUCCCUGACACAUGCUGACUUUAGUUGACACAGAGCUGAGGCCAUUUUACUGUUUGUCCUGAGAGCUCGUUAUUGGCAUCUGGUUUCAGUAGUGAUAUCAUCUCAAUACUUUUUAGAUUUCUUUCACACAAGUACCAAAGAGCAAUCUUCAGAGCGGCCCCGUUCAGCUCAGGGCCAAUCCCCCAGCUCUGUCUGCUUGCUUCCUACCUAGCUCCUUGCCCUAACCAGCCACAGCCUGCCAGACACACUCUCUUCAUGGCCCUUGCCUUCCCCCGUGGUGAGUUUUAGCCAGUCCACAAGACAGAUCCAUCAACUCAGGCAACAAAGGUAUUUGGUUAAAUCGAGAUCAGGGAGGCAGAGCCAGCCUCCCACCCCAAAUUGGCUUUCUGCAUUUAGGAAGCCACCUACAAUUCGAAUUCCCCUUCUUGAAUAGGACAGGCAAAGUGACAUCAGCCCUCUUGGGAAAUGAAUACACGCGGUGCCCUUUACCCCUGGCCUGGGAUAC